UUUGUUACAAAGAGACAUCGGACGACAAAGAACGGUUGUCUUGCUUCGCUGCGAACAUGUCGAACUAUUUCGUUGGAGUAAUUUCUCAUUGAUCCUGGAUUUCGUGCUUGCUGUGACAUAUUUUCCAUAUUUGUACACAUGCGUUUUCUCCGUGUCUGUCAUUAUGCAUUUACUGGAUAGAUCGAGCUCUGUGUGGAUAUAUCUGUUGUUCGUGCUGCUGGAUUGUUACUGGGAAGCGGUUUCUGGGCAGCUCUCUUACUCCGUCUCAGAGGAGGCAAAUGUCGGGACUGUUGUCGGAAAUAUCGCUAAAGAUCUCAACAUCAAUGUGCAGGAUUUGGAGUCUCGCAUGUUUCAGAUCGUUGCUGGAUCGAAGAGGAAAUAUUUCGAGGUAAAUCGAAAGACCGGAUUUCUGUAUGUAAAUGAGAGGAUAGACCGAGAGGAGCUUUGUACAGAUGAACCCAAAUGCACCGUGAGCGUCGAGGCUGUGAUUAACAAUCCGUUAAAGCUUUACCGCGUGGAGAUAGAAAUUAGAGAUGUGAACGACCAUUCUCCGUCUUUUAACACUAAAACACAAACACUGGACAUUGCAGAGAACACCUUGCCUGGAUUUAGAUUUGCGUUAUCGGAAGCCAGCGAUGCUGAUGUGGGUAAAAAUGAUGUCAGCGCGUAUAAGCUCAGUCCAAACGAGUAUUUCAGUCUUGCGACACAAAAGGGAGGUGAAAGUGUAUCUCCAGAGUUAGUGCUGCACAAAGCAUUAGAUCGUGAGAAAAAGUCAAAUAUACAGCUGCUGUUAACGGCAGUAGAUGGAGGCUCUCCACCAAAUACGGGCACAUCAGAAAUUAAAAUAAAUGUACUCGACAUUAAUGAUAACGCACCAGUGUUCAACAGUACUCUUUACAAAAUUAAAAUGUUUGAAAAUACCCCAAUUGGUACGGCGAUCUUCACCUUAAAUGCGACCGAUGCCGAUGAAGGAUCGAACAGUGAAAUAGUCUACUCUCUUCGUAGUAAGGAUCAGGAUCACAUUCUGGAUAUUUUUAAAACUGACCCUGAAACGGGGGUCAUUUCAGUAAAAGGCAAAAUCGACUAUGAGGAAAGAAAAGCUUUUGAGAUCCGAGCGGAGGCGAGGGACAAAGGCCAGCCUCCUAUGUCUGCUCAUAGUAAAGUGCUGGUGGAAGUCAUAGAUGUAAAUGAUAACGCCCCUGAAAUCACUGUGACGUCACUUCUGAACACAGUGAAUGAGGACGCUGUUGUAGGUACUGCUAUUGCACUUGUCUCUGUUCUAGACAGAGACAGUGGCAAAAAUGGUGACGUGAAAUGUCAGAUCCUAAAUACGGUUCCGUUUAAAUUGGAGACAAAUUACAAGAACUAUUACUCUUUAGUUGUUGACGGACAUCUAGACAGAGAAGUGACUCCCCAGUACAAUGUCACAAUUUCAGCUACCGAUGAAGGGAGCCCUCCUCUUUCGAACACCAGUGUUAUUAUUGUCUAUGUUUCUGAUGUUAAUGACAACGCGCCCCAUUUUCCAGAAUCUACAGUAAAUGUUUAUGUGAAAGAAAACAGCAAAGUAGGAACAGUUAUUAAAACAGUGACUGCAGUUGAUGCUGACAUCAGAAACAACGGUCAGGUGAGCUACUCAUUUUUAGAUGUUAAUAGUAAAUCACUGCCUCUCCCUACAAUGAUAAACAUCAACUCAGAAACUGGAGAGAUAAUCAGUCUGCAGUCGUUUAACUAUGAGGAGUUAAAAACGUUCCAGUUCAAAGUUCAGGCCACAGACUCUGGAGUUCCUCCGCUCAGCAGCAACGUGACUGUGAAUAUUUUCAUCAUAAAUGAACAUUUUGAAGUACCGUACUUAUAG